AUGACUCCUAUGUUGGUACAAAUGACCCAUGUGGUGCUUUAUAUGAGUCAAAUGUUGCAACAUAUGAGGCAUAUGUUGCUACAAAUGACCUAUAUGGUGCUAUAUAUGAGUCAAAUGUUGCAACAUAUGAGGCAUAUGUUGCUACAUAUGACACAUGUUGUGCUACAUAUGAGUCAAAAGUUGCAACAUAUGAGGCAUAUAUUGCUACAAAUGAUCCAUGUGGUGCUACAUAUGAGUCAAAUGUUGCAACAUAUGAGGCAUAUGUUGUUACAGAUGACCCAUAUGACACAUGUUGUGCUAUAUAUGAGCCAAAUGUUGCAACAUAUGAGGCAUAUGUUGCUACAGAUGUCCAAUGUGGUGCUACAUAUGAGUCAAAUGUUGCAACAUAUGAGACAUAUGUUGCUACAGAUGACUCAUGUGAUGACACAUGUUGUGCUACAUAUGAGCCAAAUGUUGCAACAUAUGAGGCAUAUGUUGCUAUAGAUGUCCAAUGUGGUGCUACAUAUGAGACAUAUGUUGCUACAGAUGACUCAUGUGGUGCUACAUAUGAGUCAAAUGUUGCAGAUAUGAGGCAUAUGUUGCUACAGUUACCAUAUAAGAUACCAUAA